AUGCUCUAUAGAUGGAAGCCACUCAAGGCUAAGUGGUAUUACUACAUUUUGCUUGGAUUGGUUGAUGUGGAAGCAAACUUUCUUGUGGUGAAGGCUUACCAGUAUACUUCAAUUACAAGUGUGAUGCUGCUGGACUGUUGGACAAUACCAUGUGUCCUAUUUCUCACGUGGUUUUUUCUGAAGACAAAGUAUAGAUUCAUGAAGUUGAUAGGUGUAGCAAUAUGUGUAGCUGGUCUUGUGACUGUUGUCUUCUCCGAUGUGCAUUCUGCAGAUAGAUUAAGUGGCAGCAACCCUAUUAAGGGUGAUCUGCUUGUUAUUGCUGGAGCCACACUUUAUGGUGUGAGUAACGUCAGCGAGGAAUAUUUUGUUAAAAGUGCAGAUAGGGUCGAGCUUAUGGCUUUCUUGGGCGUAUUUGGUGGCAUCAUCAGUGCUUGCCAAAUAGUCAUACUUGAACGCGUUGAACUCAAGUCUAUUCACUGGACAGCUGGAGCGGCGCUUCCUUUUGUUGGAUUUUCUCUGGCCAUGUUUCUGUUUUACUCUGGAGUUCCCAUCUUAUUAAAGAUUAGUGGGUCCACGAUGCUAAAUCUGUCAUUGCUCACCUCAGAUAUGUGGGCGGUUUUGAUUCGGAUAUUUGCUUACCAUGAAAAGGUCCUGGAAGAACAUGUUAUUUGGAAAAAAAAAUAG